UGUCUAUGACAUCACCUUCCAGUUUCCAACGCGGCCAGCUGUGCUAUCUGGAAGCGGGGCUGAACGGCAGUCCUGCAAUAUCGCACGCGCCGAGCAACCAGCGCUAUCGGGGGGAUUUUAAAAAAAUUAUUCACCGCUAGGCUAAACCAACCCAGCUCCCUGGAUCUGCUGCAGCACGCUUAUAUCCAACAGGAAUAUUGUUUAUUUAUUUAUCUGCAUGGAAGAUGUAAGGGGAACAUUUACGUGCACAAGAACAACGAAAGGAACACCGUUAUUAAAAGGCGUCCCGUUCUCAAUCUGACUGAAGAAGACAACCAAUAAGCCAGAAGAUAUGAAGCUAAGGAGGUUUUGAAAACAACCAAGCGAGUGCCAAGACUUCCUGUGUGAACCCCCCACCCCCCUCAUCUCCUCCUCCUGGGGCCUUGGCUUUCCGGCCAGGUCAAAGGUCAUCUCCGAGCAUGUUGCCCACCUGCCGCCUCCCCUGCCUGCUGGUCCUGCUGCCACUGGCCGGCCUGCUCUUAUCACAGCUGCUGAUUGGCUGCAAUGCCUUAACCGCGCCCAGAUUCACCAAGGUCCCCGUCGACCAGAUAGGCGUGUCCGGGGGCGUGGUCUCCUUCGUGUGCCAGGCCACGGGCGACCCGAAACCGCGGGUCAGCUGGAACAAGAAGGGCAAGAAGGUCAACUCCCAGCGCAUCGAGACGAUCGAGUUUGACGAGGGCGCGGGGGCGGUGCUCCGGAUCCAGCCGCUGAGGGCGCCGCGCGACGAGAACACCUACGAGUGCGUGGCCGAGAACAGCGAGGCGGAGAUCACCGUCAGCGCCAAGCUGUCAAUCAUCCGAGAGGACCUCCUCCCUUCGGGGUUCCCCAACAUCGACAUGGGCCCCCAGCUGAAGGUGGUGGAGCGCACCCGCACCGCCACCAUGCUGUGCGCGGCCAGCGGCAACCCCGACCCGGAAAUACACUGGUUCAAGGACUUCCUGCCCGUCGACCCCAGCGCAAGUAAUGGGCGAAUCAAACAGCUGAGAUCAGGUGCCCUACAGAUAGAGAACAGCGAGGAGACGGACCAGGGGAAGUACGAGUGCGUGGCGUCCAAUGUCGAGGGCGUCCGGUACUCCUCCCCCGCUAACCUAUAUGUGCGAGUCCGCCGCGUGCCCCCCCGCUUCUCCAUCGUGCCCACCAACCACGAGAUCAUGCCGGGCGGCAGCGUGAACAUCACCUGCGUGGCGGUGGGCUCGCCGAUGCCCUACGUGAAGUGGAUGCUGGGGGCGGAGGACCUGACGCCCGAGGACGAGAUGCCGGUGGGGCGGAACGUUCUGGAGCUCACCAGCGUCCACGAGUCGGCCAACUACACCUGCAUGGCCAUGAGCAGCCUGGGCGUGAUCGAGGCCGUCGCCCAGAUCAUCGUCAAGUCCCUGCCCAAACCUCCGGGGACGCCGGUGGUGACGGAGACGACGCCCACGAGCGUGACCAUCACCUGGGACUCGGGCAACCCGGACCCGGUCACCUACUACAUCAUCCAGUACCGGGCCACCAGCCCCUUCAGCAAGUUCGAGACCCGGGACAGCAUCACCACCACGCGCUACAGCAUCGGCGGCCUGUACCCCAACACGGAGUACGAGAUCCGCGUCUCCGCCUUCAACACCAUCGGCCAGGGCCCCGCCAGCGAGCCCGUGGUGGCCCGGACCGGGGAGCAGGCCCCCGCCAGCCCGCCCCGAAACAUCAACACCCGCAUCAUCUCCCAGAACACCAUGGUGGUGCGCUGGUCGGAGCCCGAGGAGCCCAACGGGCAGGUGAAGGGGUACCGGAUCUACUACACCAUGGACCCCAGCCUGCCCGUGGGCCAGUGGCAGGUGCACAACGUGCAGGACAGCCUGCUCACCACCAUCGGGAGCCUCACCCCCUCCGAGACCUACACCAUCAGGGUGCUGGCCUUCACGUCCGUGGGCGACGGGCCCUUCUCCGACCCCAUCCAAGUGAAGGUCAUGCAGGACGUCCCCACACAGCCGACCAAGUUCCAGGUGGGCGCGGUGUCGGACACUAGCAUCGAGCUAACCUGGGAGCCGGAUGGCGACAAGAGCAUCGUCAGCUACAACCUGCGCUACAGAGAGGGCAAGCUGGACAGCCCGGUGUCCCGAACCUUCCCCCCGUCCUCGUCCUACGUGGUGGAGGGACUCAAGGCGAACACGGAGUACCACUUCUCUCUGGCGGCCGUUUCCAAGAAGGGCGUGGGAGCCUUCACCAACGAAAUCCACCAGGCCACCGCGCAAGCCAAGCCUUCCGCCCCCCCUCAAGAAAUUAAGUGCAGCAGCUCCAGCUCCACCGCCUUGCUGGUAAGUUGGCGCCCCCCGCCUGCGGAGGGCAUGAAUGGCGCCCUGGCGGGGUACGUAGUGCGCUACCGGGCGGAGGGGGCCCCGCCCGGGCCGGACCCCGUGGAGGAGUCCACCGUGCCCCCCGCCGCGGGCCAGCUCCUCCUGCAGGGGCUGGAGAAGUGGACCCAGUACCGAGUCGCCGUGGCGGCCUUCACGGGCGAGGGGACGGGUCCGGAGAGCCAGCCCCUGCUGUGCCGGACCGACGAGGACGUGCCGGGGGCCCCCCCCCGCCGGGUGGAGGUGGAGGUUCUGAACUCCACCGCCCUCAGGGUGAUGUGGCGCUCCCUGUUGCCGGGGCGACAGCACGGGCAGAUCCGCGGCUACCAGGUGCACUACGUGCGCGUGGAGAACGGCGAGUCGCGCGGCAUGCCCCUCAUAAAGGACGUGAUGCUGGCCGACGCGCAGUGGGAAAUGGACGAUACGGCCGAAUACGAGAUGAUCAUAGGGGGCUUGCAGCCGGACACCACCUACUCCAUCACCGUGGCAGCGUACACCACGAAGGGAGACGGCGCGCGGAGCAAGCCCAAGCUGGUGGUCACCAAGGGAGCAGUGCCCGGCCCUCCUCUCCUAUUGGUACGCCAGGAGACGGACAGCUCCGCCGUGGUGCAGUGGCAGCCACCGGAGGUGGUGCCGCCCGGGCUGGCGGUGGAGGGGUACCGGCUGCAGCUGGGGCGCAAGGGCGCGACCCCGCCGGCCACCCUGGAGUUCGCGGCCGGCGAGCGGGGCUACACGGUGGCCGACGUGCGCCGCGGCGCCACCUACCUGUUCCGGCUCGCCGCCAAGACCAGCGCCGGCCUCGGGGAGGAGGCCGUCCGGGAGCUGACGGUGCCCGAGGAGGCGCCCCGGGGUUACCCCCGAAUCUCGGAGGGCUCGUGGAACGUGACCUGCUGCUCGGCGCGGCUCUCCUGGCGGGCGCCCCUCCCGGCGGAGCAGAGCGGGCCGAUCACCGGGUACACGGUGGCCUACGGGGAGGCGGGGGCGGCGGAGGCGGCCGCGCCCCGGGAACUGGCGCUGCCCGCGGGCGAGCUGGGCUGCACGCUCGGCGGCCUGCUGCCCGACUCGCUCUACGCCGUGAAGGUCCGCGCCCACACCAGCGUAGGUCCCGGGCCCUACAGCCCCCCCGUGCAGAUUCGGACGGCCCCCCUGCACACAGACGUCCCCAAGAACUUCACGGUGAAGCUGGUCACCAAGACGACGGUGCUGCUGACGUGGAAGUUUCUGGAAAGCCACACGCCGUUCAAGUGCACGAUCGAGUACAACCGGGUGAAGGUGGACGUGGACGCCAAGCAGACCAAGGCCUUGAUCACCGGCCUGCGGGCCAACACCACCUACGACUUCCGGAUCACCUGCCAGGACGAGGCCUCGGGGGGGCUGCGGCACCGCGUGGUCACCCGGACCGCCCCCGCCAUCCUGGUCAAGAAGCCCGAGCUGGAGCAGAACCGCGAGCCGGACAGCACCCUGACCAUCACCUUCCCCGCCCUGGAGACCCGGGAAAUGAUCAAGAACAUCUACGUGGUGGUGGUUCCCCUGAAGAAAAAGAAGGGGCCCAUCAGACACAUAAAAAACCCGGACGAGAUGGACCUGGAGGAGCUCCUGCAGGACAUCGGGACGACGCGGCACGCGCGCACCACGCGCCAGCUGGGUCAGGUGGACCUGCGCCGGCCCUACAUCGCGGCCAGCUUCGAGCCCUGGGCCCUGCCACAGACCUUCACCGUGGGCAACCAGAAGAAGUACAACGGCUACGAGAACCGGGCCCUGGAGCCGGGCCAGGAGUACGUCUUCUUCCUGCUGGCCGAGCUCAACACCACCACCGGGAAGAUGUUCGUGGCCAGCCCCUACACGGACUCCAUCGUGGCGCCGGACGUGGACCCCCAGCCUGUGGAGACGGGCGGGGACGGGCUGAUCUGGGUGGUGGGGCCCGUCCUGGCCGUGGUCUUCAUCAUCUGCAUCGUCAUCGCCAUCCUGCUCUACAAGAACAAACCUGACAGCAUGGGGCUGAGCACGUCCACUUUGGAACGUCCCACAGCCGCGUUCAUCCGCGAACCCCACUAUGUUUCUCUUGUCCGUCUCUCGCACUUACAUCAUCAGCGUUGUAUAAGAUAUUUUCUUUCUUUUUUAUGUUUGCUGUUCUUCACAGAUUCUGGUCUGAGCAGCCCCCUAACUGAAGCUGAUUUUGACUAUGAAAGCAUGAUGAGCCACCCGCCGAUCCCCAUCGCGGAGUUGGGGGAGCACACAGAGGUGCUGAAGGCCAACGACAACCUGAAGCUCUCUCAGGAAUACGAGUCCAUCGAUCCCGGCCAGCAGUUCACCUGGGAGCACUCCAACCUGGAGGUCAACAAGCCAAAGAACCGCUACGCCAACGUCAUCGCCUACGACCACUCCCGCGUCAUCCUCUCCUCCAUUGAAGGCAUCACGGGCAGCGACUACAUCAACGCCAACUACAUCGACGGCUACCGCAAGCAGAACGCCUACAUCGCCACGCAGGGCCCGCUGCCCGAGACCUUCGGCGACUUCUGGCGCAUGGUGUGGGAGCAGAGGGCCGCCACCGUGGUGAUGAUGACGCGGCUGGAGGAGAAGUCGCGGAUUAAGUGUGACCAGUACUGGCCCAGUCGUGGCACAGAGACCUAUGGGAUGACCCAGGUGACCCUGCUGGACACCAUAGAGUUGGCCACCUUCUGCGUUCGCACCUUCUCCCUGCACAAGAAUGGCUCGAGCGAGAAGCGGGAGGUGCGGCAGUUCCAGUUCACCGCGUGGCCCGACCACGGCGUGCCGGAGUACCCCACCCCGUUCCUGGCCUUCCUGCGGAGGGUGAAGACCUGCAACCCCCCCGACGCCGGCCCCAUCAUCGCGCACUGCAGCGCGGGCGUGGGCCGCACCGGCUGCUUCAUCGUGAUCGACGCCAUGCUGGAGCGCAUCAAGCACGAGAAGACGGUGGACAUCUACGGCCACGUGACGCUGAUGCGCUCGCAGCGCAACUACAUGGUGCAGACGGAGGACCAGUACAGCUUCAUCCACGACGCGCUGCUGGAGGCCGUCGCCUGCGGCAACACCGAGGUGGCCGCCCGCAGCCUCUACUCCUACAUCCAGAAGCUGGCGCAGGUGGAGAGCGGCGAGCACGUCACCGGCAUGGAGCUGGAGUUCAAGCGGCUGGCCAACUCCAAGGCCCACACGUCGCGGUUCAUCAGCGCCAACCUGCCCUGCAACAAGUUCAAGAACCGCCUGGUCAACAUCAUGCCGUACGAGGCCACCCGCGUGUGCCUGCAGCCAAUCAGGGGGCUGGAGGGGUCCGACUACAUCAACGCCAGCUUCAUCGACGGAUACAGGCAGCAGAAGGCCUACAUGGCCACGCAGGGCCCGCUGGCCGAGACCACGGAGGACUUCUGGAGGAUGCUGUGGGAGAACAACUCCACCAUCGUGGUCAUGCUCACCAAGCUGAGGGAGAUGGGCAGGGAAAAGUGUCACCAGUAUUGGCCUGCGGAGCGCUCCGCCCGGUACCAGUAUUUCGUGGUGGACCCCAUGGCGGAGUACAACAUGCCCCAGUACAUCCUGAGGGAGUUCAAGGUCACCGACGCCAGAGACGGGCAGUCCAGGACGGUACGGCAGUUCCAGUUCACCGAUUGGCCGGAGCAGGGCGUCCCGAAAUCCGGGGAGGGCUUCAUCGACUUCAUCGGCCAGGUGCACAAAACCAAGGAGCAGUUUGGGCAGGACGGGCCCAUCAGUGUACACUGCAGUGCGGGCGUGGGCCGGACCGGAGUCUUCAUCACCCUCAGCAUCGUGCUGGAGCGCAUGCGCUACGAGGGCGUGGUCGACAUCUUCCAGACCGUCAAGAUGCUGCGAACCCAGAGACCCGCCAUGGUGCAGACCGAGGACGAAUACCAGUUUUGCUACCAGGCAGGCUUGGAUUACCUGGGGAGUUUUGACCACUAUGCAACGUAAAAAGCCAUCGUGUCCCCCGCCCUGCCGUCCCCUCGACAGUCUUCUGAGCCAUAGAAACUUGCUUGAAAAUUGUGAAUGAUGACAACAGAAAAAAAAAAAUCAGUAAAAUCAUGAAAUCAAAGCCAACUUAAAUAUAAAAUCGAGUAAACGCCAUCGUAUUUGGACUUCGAAGGCAGCGAGGGAAGGUUUUUUUUUUUUUUUGAAGAGAAUCCAUCACAAAAAAACGCCUAAACCCCUCGCUCAGGAACUACAAGAGAGCAGGAACCAAAACGGAGGCUCGUGCUGUGGGGGUGGGGAACAAUCUAAGUGUCGGACUGCUAACCUUACCUCAAGUGUUCAAACGUGGUGGAGGACAUUAUAAAUAUUUUGUAAACAUCUAAUACAAAACUGAGUAUGUGAAAAACACUGCAACGUACGUAUACAGCAAGUGAAGGAAAACAAAUCGGGCAGAGCAACCUAAUGACAGAGAGAUACAUUUUGACACCAUCCCCCCCCUUCAAAAAAACUAAUUAAUAGAAUAUAACCGAUACAUAUUAACACGGAUUGUGAUUUUUUUUUAAAUUAUAAGUGAAUGAAAAAGGAUUGGGAUGUACCAUUUUAGAUUGGAGGUGGGUUUUCCGAUUUUGCGUAUAGGGGUGUUGGGGUGAAGUGUCGCCAUGAAUUUAGAGCCCAAAUGUUGGUCGGCGCAAGGCGAUGGGUUCGUCCCCAAAAGCUCUGCUGUUUCUUCUGUACGUGAACCGGCCCGCGCUCAAACAAAAACCACAUCGGAGGGAGAAGAGCGAGAGAAACGAUACGAAGAUUUUUUUUAAAAAGCGUUGUCUUGGCAUCCCCCCCCCCCCCUCUCAGUUUCACCCUCAGCCACCCUGAAAGUGUCCCUCUUUUCCCGAAACUCGAGCCGGUACCGGACUGGAAAAAGGGCGUGUUCGCUGUAGCCCCACCCCCCCGGACUCCAGCUCGUAAAAAAAAAAGCGAGGGAAGCGGCCCGACUGUUGGCAUCGGCGGAGAAAAUGGCGGCGUUUUGGCGGAGAAGAGGAGCGCGAUGGACUCGGGGGAGCCGGGUUUCGAUUGUUCUGCAGCGCGGGGUGGGGGGUGGGGGGGGGGUUCUUUUUGGAGGCCCUUCGUUGCGUUUGGACGCUCGGCUCGGAUGGGUCUCGGUUGUCGUUCGUUAGCCGACGGUCGAGUGCGAGCGAGCGGCUCGACUCCGUUCGUCGUUCCGACGCGUCAGAAAGGGCCGGAGAAACCUUCGCCGACCGCGUCCGUUCCCUUCUCUCACUCUUCUGUGACGGGCACCAAAGCGGCUCGCAGUGUUUCUCUUCGACGUGACGUCCUGCUGGUGUGGGGGGGUGGGGUGUGGGGGUGGGGGGGGGCGUCUACUCCUUCAGCGAUUGGUCAGGAAGGAAGCAUUGUGAAGAAAGAAAAGGUUCAAGAAGGUCUUUUCCUUGGUUAUCCCAGUUUACUCAGUGAUGCCCAACAUCCUUCACUAACAUUUUACCCAUGUGCCCAUUUGAAUUUUUUGCAUUUUUAUUAUUAUUAUUAUUCUUCUUAUUAUGAUUAUUAUUUUUAUUGUGUUGGUUACUGCCGAUUACCAAACAUGCUGCUUGUGUUGUGUGAGCUGUACUGAAGCUGUGUAGCAGCGGUACAGGGAACGACGGUCUCGUGUGAUCCUGUGAUACAAAAUGGCGGUUUGAGCUCGGCUUAGGAAAGUGCGACCCCCCCCCCCCACCCCCACCCCCUCGGUUAUUACUGUCCUAUUGGGUCGUACAUAUUCAAAGCUCGGUAGCGUACGGUGUAAUGCCUCUCCCGUCCAGCAUUGGAAUGGGAGGGAGGGCGAGGGGCGCUCCAGUCACAGCUGCGCACGUGCAAGUUCCAUUUCACAAAGCAUCUCCACAGCUAGGGACCUCCCUAGAACAGCACUCCAUACCCCUUCCCCACCCCCACCCCCCCUUUUCCCAGCAUCUGUUCCCAGGACCCAGAAUGGGGGGGGGGGGGGGGGGGGGGGGGGUUCGAAUCAGGAGGACGAGGUGUAGGGGCGUGGUCUUUUACCCUCGUUCCCGCUGCUGGGACUGACCCUGCCUCCCUCUCCCAAUGGUCAUUCUUUUGUGAAUGCCAUUGACUGAAGCGGUUCGGGACCCAGCCGUGGGCCUGGUGUAAUAAAAAAAAAGGAAAAGCCCCUUCAACACGACUUCACUUGCACUCCGCGAAACAACCCUCUCCAUUCCAGACGCGAGAGGACGGACAGAACGAACGUAGCGUCGCGUCACGGUUGCCACGGAAACAGAAUGGCGGUAUCAGCACACUGCCCACUUGCCUGACAAAGACCCACCCCUUCCAAAUAUACGACUCCCCCCACCCACCUUCCCCCCCACCACCACCACCCAACUCUUAACAAGGAAGGGAGUACUUCAGAGUGAAUUGUAAAACGAGCUGUGUGUUGUCGUUCUUAUUUCCAAAAAAAAAAAAAAAGAAAGCCUUAUUGUUACUGUAACGUUAUGAAAUGUCAUAUUACUAUGAUUAUGGGUUUGUUUUCCCCCGACUUACAUUUUAUUUCUCCUGGGUUUUUAUGUUAUUUUAUUUUAUUUUUCUUAAAACAGAUAUUAUUCACAAUAUUAGCAGGAAAAAGAAAACGCUUAUUUGUUCAAAUUAUGUUAAAAGACAUUAUAUUUUUUCACUGUAGAAAUGUUAAGUAUACCGUAUCUGUGUGUAUGUAUAUAUGUGUGCAUAUACAUAUAUAUAUACUCACACAUACAUCUAUAUUUAAACUGAGAAUAUAAAUAUAUAUCAUCCCGAACGCUAGUAUACAUUUCGCUUUUUCUUUUUUCUUGUUUUCAUUUUUGUUUUUUUUUACCACUCAUGAACUUUUAAUUGCUCAUGUACAAAAUAAAAAUCCUUUUUAUAAUAAUUUUUAUUUGUAAUCAUAACUUUUGGAGGAGAGGGUACUGGCCUAGGGCUAUUGCUGCAAUCGUUAAUUGCUACCACUUGGUGCCCACGGUGUAGAAAGGCUUUUUAAUUAUUAUUGAUAGUAGUAAUGGUAUUAGCAAAAGUAUUACUUUCAAAGUAGUAGAUUAACUGGUCUACUAAACAUUGAAUUUGGGGCGUAAUUUGAUUAUAACCAAUUAAUUCCUGCUGUACUUGCCACAUUUAAUCAAACUGUAAAUUACAGUAGUUUACAGUGCAGGGACUUUUGCCCACUUUCCCUCUCUGGAAUUGUUUUUUAUCACUUUGUUAAUUUUAGUUGUGCUAACAGUUUUAAUCAUGCAUUUGUUAAAUACCAGUUACAGUCCAGAAUAUAAUACAUGUAAAUAAGCAAAUAUAUUAUAGGUAUUUGUAUAAUUUGACCCUAAUUUUCUUUUCUGUAAACAAAAUGAAAAAUACAAAAAAAAAAAAAAUUCUUCUGCUAACUGCAAAUCUCCUGGUGUUCUUCGAAGCCCUGUUACCCUUGGCAACGUUUAUGCAGAAUUCUGGUCCCUGUUUUUCAUUACCUGUUUUUUUUUUUCCUUUAAUCCAUCAUUCGGUUUAUCUUUUUUUAAAAUAUGGGCAGUGUUCCCGGGGAAAAUCUCUCAGCACUGCCAGCCUUGCACAGCGUGGACAUCCCAGCUGGGUCUGCAGCUCCCUGGGUUACACACCUGCAUUGUGUGGCCCACCCCCUGCUUCUCACAUCUGUUUUUUAUUCGUUUUUUUGUUUUGUUUGUUUGUUUUUUUUUAAGAUAAAAAGAUCUGGUUUUCCCAAUCCGCCCUAUUACCCUGUCCCAGACGUGGGAGACAACAGCCGUUUCGAGGACAGUGCCCUGUCAGGAUGGCCCUCGAUUGGGGCGAUCUUAUUUUGUAUUUUUUUUUUUUAAUUUCUUUGCGUGGUUUGUGUUCGAAAAUCAAAUACAUCAAAUACGUAGUCCAAUCCCCAAAGAAAAAACUUUUUUUUAAAUUACUUUUUCUAAUAGAAUAAGAAAGAGAAGCGUUUGGGCGUCCAGUGCCUGAACAGCCAAGGAGCGAUCUUUAGUGCGUGCACCGCCAGAGAGAACAGGCGGGAGACCCGGCGAUUUUCGGACGUUUGCUUAGAGAGCUGUGCUGUUGCAUGCCUCCAUCCACUGCCCCCCCCCCCCCAAAAAAAAAAAUUACCCCGUCUCGUAUGAAUUCUGUGUGUAUGACAUUGUCGGAAAGCUCUACGAAUAUACAGAAACAUGCCAUGUUGCUUUUUUUUUUUAAGGGACACAGAAUGAAUUGUUAUAUCAAACGGACAACAAAGCAGAACAGGGAGAGGCGCUUGGGACGGUGAGAAGGGGGAUGCAGGAUCGCUCUUCCUCUGCUUCUGUCCUGGGUCCCGCUGAGGUCUGGGGGGUUUGUGUGUACCAUCCAUCAUCAGAACCCGGGACGCCGAAGACAAAAAAAAAAAAAAGCCCUCCUUUGGACUCGACUUGGCGAAAAAGGACCCACACCAAACUAUAAAAAUGAAAUGAAAAAAAAAAAACAAAAACAAAAAAAAAACAAAUAA